CACUCACUGAUCUCGGCUUGGCUCCGCUUCCGCUUCCGGCGCGAUUGCAGCGCCAACCCGGCGGCGCGGGCCGCCUUUCCACUUGCCGUUUCCUGCGGCUGCGGCGGCUGCGGCCCGACGGGCGCAUUUAAAUAUGGCGGAGCCUCCGGCGUGACAUCAACAAAACGGGACCGCCUGCCAGCCGCCGGAGGUCUUAUUUGGUGCAGCGCUCCUCGUCGACGACUACAGCCCGUGCCGUGUGCCGCUCCGUUCCGUGCCGGCGGUGGCGACUCCGGACUCCUCGGUCGCGGUGGGCUGGAGAAGCGGCCGAGCGGCGGCGACGAGUACGAGUGCGUGCUUCUGCCGCCCGGGACAGCUCGCCGGUGGUAUCACUGGUAUCACUACAUCCCUAGGCAGCGGAUUACGGUGACCGUAGCGAUGCCGUCGUCCACGCUCUACGGCGGCGGCGGCGGAAGGUCGGCACUGCUCGGCGGCAUCAUCGCAGCGCUUUUCUUGCUCCCGUGUGCCACGGCUAUCGAGCGGCGGGCUGUGUGCUACUCUCCCGGCAACGUGUCCAUGAUGCUCUUUUUCGUGCAGGAGAACAUCGAACACGCGGUGGUGAUCAACGGCGAGAUCGUCGGACUGACGCCAGGCGACCACGGCCUUCACGUCCACAGCCUCGGCGACCUGACCAACGGUUGCAACUCGACGGGCACCCACUUCAACCCUAUGCACAAGGACCACGGUGCACGUGAAGAUCGCGAAAGGCACGUCGGAGACUUGGGCAACAUCAACGCCGACGUGACGGGCAAGGCAAGGGUGUACAUCAGCGACGGCAUGAUCUCGCUCAUCGGGCACCACAACAUUAUCGGCCGGGCUUUGGUGGUCCACGCCCUCCCGGACGACUUGGGCAGGGGAGGUACCGACGAAAGCAAGGCGACAGGCAGCUCCGGCGCCCGCCUGGCCUGCUGCGUCAUCGGCUUCCAGUCCGGCACUGGAUGGCCCAGCCCCAACUCGAGGCUGCUCUUCCUCAUGUUUUCUGCUCUGCUCGUUUUCUUCUGCAGGCACGGCGCCUGAACCUCGUGUGCCUCCUUGUUCACUGUGUACAUAGCUUCGUUGCGUUUUCGCCAACUUGUUGAAUAAAACACUGCUAGCUGCG